AUGGAAGGCUCAGAGUUUCGGCAGGAUGGAGAUUACUUGAUCGGUGCACUUUUUGAUGUUCAUCUAAGCAGCAAAUCUCCAAAUCAUCAAAGACCAGAAGCCUUCACCUGCUCAAAUCAACCUUUCAUUCUAACAAGUUACCGAAGACUGCAGAUCAUGAGAUUCUCUGUGGAGCAAAUCAACAACUCCACAGACUUGCUGCCAAAUGUAUCCCUUGGCUAUGAAAUAUUUGACCACUGCUCAGAUACACAGAAUUUUCCAAGCAUUUUGAAACUUAUCUCUGUUAACAACAUCAUCCAACCUUGGGGGGAGUCAAGUAGGAAUAUCUCUAAGGUGAUAGCAGUGGUUGGAACUUAUACAAGCACAGAAGCAAUAACUGUGGCCCCGUUCUUCAUGACGGAUCUAAUACCUAUGGUGUCCUAUGGAGCCGCUAGUUCUGCCUUAUCAAAAAAAAAGAGUUAUCCUUCCUUUUUAAGAACAGUCCACCCCAAUACAGAUAUUCUUGAAGUUUUUUUCAAAAUUUUGCAAGAAUUCAACUGGCACUGGGUGUCUUUCCUUUAUACUGAUGAUGACUAUGGAACAGAUGCCUUGAAUUUGUUUAGCAACAUCAUCAAAGAAACUGACAUCUGCCUGGCAUACACCAAAAGCCUUGAAGAAAACACAGAUUAUCCCCUAAUGUUCAGACAGCUGGAGUCACGGGGGGUGAAUGUGAUUAUUGCUUUUGUACUGGAAUGGACUGCUGAAGAUCUAAUUAAGGGAGCCAUAAUACACAAUUUCACCAACAAAGUGUGGAUAGCAGGUGAUGGGUGGUCUUUAAACAAAAGGAUACAUAUGGAAAAAGGAAUCAGAAAUAUUGGAACUGUAGUUGGAGUUGCAGAACCAGCAGUGCCAAUCCCUGGCUUUAGAGAUUUCAUCUACUCUUCAAAAGGCCAUUGUUCAAAUGGAAAUCCUGACCAAGGAAGAUUAUGUAACCAGAUUUCAAACUGCAACAACCUUACUGCUGAAGAUAUCAUUAAUGCAGACCCAUCGUUCUCUUUCUCUGUUUACUCUGCCAUUUAUGCCAUCGCGCACGCUUUACACAACACCUUGCAAUGUGGAGAUGGCAGUUGUAACAUAACUAUACCUGUGAAACCACACAUGGUUCUUGCAGCAAUGAGAAAGUCUGAUUUUCAACUUUUAAAUCAGAGAAUCCGGUUCAAUGAGAAUGGUGACCCAAAUUUUGGGUCCUACUCGAUAUUUUACUGGAAUCAAAACGGAGAGGCAGAGGAAAUUGGCUCUUAUCAUUUUGACUCAUUUUUCCACAUCAACACCACUAAGAUCCAAUGGCAUGGAAAUGGAGAGGUCCCUACCUCAUUUUGUUCCAAAGCUUGUCCGGUAGGAUUUUCCAAAAAGCAAGAAGGUAUCUACAAAUGCUGCUUCAUUUGUACAAUCUGUCCAACUGGAACUUAUAUCAACACUACAGAGGAUCCCUACAAUUGCAUCAGCUGUAAGGAGACAGAGUGGUCUUACCCUGGAAGUACAACAUGCAAUCUGCGCCAGGUGGAAUACGUAACAUUCUUCGACAGUGGCAGCAUAGUCAUCAUGUUUGGAGCCUGCAUUUUAGUGGCUCUAACAGUAGCGAUAUCAGCUCUUUUUUCCAUUAACUUUGCCUCUCCUGUUGUCAGAUCUGCUGGAGGACCGAUGUGCUUCCUGAUUUUAGGCUGCCUCACUCUGAGUAGUCUCAGUGUGUUCUUUUAUUUUGGCAAACCGACAGUUGCUUCAUGUGUCUUAAGGUUUUUCCCAUUUCUGUUGUUCUACACUGUUUGUCUUGCAUGUUUUGUUGUCCGCUCAUUUCAAAUUGUUUGUAUUUUCAAAAUAGCUGCCAAAUUCCCCAAACUUCUCAGUUGGUGGAGAACAUAUAAUGGACAGUGGUUGGUCAUCAGCUUGGCAUUUGUCAUUCAGACUGUCUUACUUAUUAUUGUCUACUCUGUUUCCACCCCAAAGCCUUACAGUGAUAGGCUGUUGUAUUUGGACAAAUUGAUACUAGGUUGCAACUAUAAACUAAAAGUAAUGUGUGGCCCUGUAAUUUUUAUAUCAUUAUUAUGCUGCCUUUGCUUUAUUUUCUCCUACAUGGGAAAAGAUCUCCCUAAGAAUUACAAUGAAGCCAAAGCAAUAACCUUCUGCCUACUGCUGCUGAUCCUCACCUGGAUCAUUUUUGCCACUGCAAGCAUACUUUACCAUGGAAAGCAUAUAUCUACAUUUAAUGCUUUGGCAGUACUCUCCAGUCUUUACUCUUUUCUGUUGUGGUAUUUUGUUCCGAAAUGUUAUAUCAUUAUUUUUUAACCCAACAAAAACACACAACAGCACUUCCAAGGUCUUAUUCAAAACUAUACCAAAGCAAUCAGUCAGUAA